AUGCCUCUUGGUUGGUACCUUGCGCAAGGCAUGAUUCCGCUUGGCGAAUCUAGCAGCGACGAUGAAGAAGGACCUUGCGAGUUGCCAGACGGGCGCCUAGUCUGCGGCCCACAUGGGCUUGUUCGAUGUGGGAAGUGCUGCUCCGAUUACAGCUUCAUGGACGAUGUCUUGGGCGAGGAUGAAGAGGAGGACGAGAAGUCUGAUGAGAGUGAAGAUGAGUUGCCAGAACUAGUCUGCGGUCCACAUGGACUUGUUACAUGCGGGAGGUGUUGUUCCGGUUACAGCUUUAUGGAGGAUGAAGAUGAGGACGUAAAGACUGAUAAGAUGUAUUGGGGUCUCAAUGCUGAGUCUAGGGCAGCUAUCGAUGCUAGAUGGGGUCCACCAGGCCCCCGCCCUGAUGCGCAAGCAAGCACCGACAGCAACGACAGCCGCCCUCGUAUCCCUGAAGAAUUUCUUGGUAUCCCAAAGCGCCGAGGAACUGGUAUUGUUUUCCCAAGCAAGUUCGAUGCUCCGCGCACACCUUCGACUCGCCCUAUGGAUCUUUUCGUUGGUCGUGCCACUUACGCCAGGCUGUCGAGAUACAUCCGCCGCAACGACACUUCUCAGAUCCUCAUCUACACCGACGGUGCCUGCCUAAAUAACGGCAUGCCGAAUCCCGCCGCUGGCUGGGCUUUUGUCCAUGGGCCAGGACUCCAGGGUCAACCGGAUCCCCUUAUGGGGUUGGCUCCCCUGAUGGCGUCGGGUCCCCUUGUGACGUCGGGUCGCCUUGAGCGCGAAGGUCCUUUUGGCGAGGACACCAUCCAAAGCAGCAACCGCGCAGAGCUGCGCGCCGUCAUAGCUGCCCUGCGUUUUCGUCACUGGGUUGGCGAGGGGUUCACGUCCUUAGUUUUCGCUACUGACUCGGAGUAUGUGGUCGAAGGCUCUACUAAGUGGGCUAAGUCUUGGAUCAAGAAGGGUUGGAGGACUAGCGCGGGCCAGGCCGUGAAGAACAAGGACUUGUGGGAGUUGCUCUUGGGUGAGGUCGAGAGGUGGAAAGAAGAGGGCUUGGACAUCAAGUUCUGGCGCAUCCCGAGGGAUUGGAACGAAGUCGCAGAUGGUGCUGCUAAAAUUGCGGCUACACAUGACGAAGUUGACCAGUUCUCGGACGUUAUGGGUAUAUGCGUUUGA